UUUUUUUUUUUUCAACAUCUCUUCUUUUUCUUCGUCUCCUCUUCUCGAGCUCCGUCUCUCUUUUCUUCCUCACUCUGGUCUGAGCGGACCAGACCCCUCGAACGUUGCAGCGAUCAAAUCGUUUUAGGUCCUCUCCUCUCUCUCUCUCUCUCUCUCUAUCCAAGCUUCAACAGCAGCCGCCAGUCCCUUUCCCUUUACUUCUCUAUCUUCUUCACCGACCGGCCAUACCUUUUCAAUUGGACAGAACAGAGCAGCAGAGCGCCAAGGAUCGCUAUAAUUAAUCCAUCACCCAUUGAUCUCCAUUACCUUGAGACCGUUGAACACCCAAAACAUAUCUUAUCCUAGGGUUUGAAGCCAUAGUUGGCACGCUGGUCCACCAAAGACUGCAUUGGUUGAUAGUUGUGUGAGCGUUGAUUGAAAGCUAGGAGGAGAAAUGACGGCCACUCCUGGUGCUUUCACUGGGAACAUUAAGAAAGCACUUGCUGGCCUGAGGCGUAUCAAUUUGGAAGGUCUGCGAUGGCGAGUAUUUGAUGCCAAAGGUCAGGUCCUCGGGAGGUUGGCUUCCCAAAUAUCCACUGUUCUUCAAGGCAAGGAUAAGCCCACAUACACACCCUACCGCGAAGAUGGUGAUAUGUGCAUUGUGCUCAAUGCAAAAGAUGUCUGUGUCACAGGGAGGAAACUGACUGAUAAGUUUUAUCGCUGGCAUACUGGGUAUGUUGGCCACCUCAAGGAAAGGAGUUUAAAGGACCAAUUGGCCAAGGAUCCUACUGAAGUUAUUCGGAAAGCUGUCCUACGGAUGCUUCCACGAAAUAAAUUGCGUGAUGAUAGAGAUCGAAAAUUGAGGAUAUUUUCUAGCAGUGAGCACCCUUUUGGUGAUCGUCCCCUUGAAUCAUACGUGAUGCCUCCUCGGAAGGUACGAGAGAUGCGGCCACGAGCAAGGCGAGCAAUGAUUCGAGCCCAGAAAAAGGCUGAACAACAGCAACAGGGAGCUACAGAGGCCAAAAAAAGCAGAAAGAAGGGGGAAGUAGAAUCUGAAGUGAGAGUAUGAAAAUUAUGAAAGUUUCUUUUUAUUGCAUGUUAGGGAUUCAAAAUUUUCUUUUCAAGUUUAGUUUUUCUUUGCAAGAUCUUGCAUGACCUAUUGAGCUACCCCUCUUGGAUUCUCGAUGACUCGAUAACUUAAAGUCGCAGUUUUCUUUGUUUGGUUGGUCCAAUACCCUGGAUUUCCUUUGCCAUUUUUUCCCCAACUACGCCUUUCCAAGUCUUGAACCCUUGUUACGCUCACAAAUAUUUUCGGCAUGAGCAUGAAAGUUUCUUUU